AUGAAUUCUCCCAACCCUAAUUCACUGAAGUAUAGGUUCACCAAAGGCUUGCUCAAAGCCCUAGCCAGAAUAAACAAGCAUCAACCCAGAUCAUCAUCUUCUUCUUCAAGAGAGAUCCAGCGACGAUAUAGGAGAAUUAAGACUGCUGCAUAUGCAUCCAUGGCUUGUGCUGUAGGGACAAGAAGAGCUUGGAGCCGGGAGUUGCUUUGGAAGAUCCGAAACCAAGCACGAAAUGGCGGAGUUUUGAGGAGAAUUGGUCGUAGUACUACUAGUACUCACUACCCCAUGAAGAAAAGAUCUCAGAAGAAGCCGGUUGUGGAGGGUUUAGGGCGAGUCCAUGAGCUGCGGAAGGUUGUACCGGGCGGUGAAGACAUGGAUACUUGGAGCUUGUUGGAGGAGACAGCCCAUUACAUGAAGUGCCUUACCACACAGGUAAAGGUGAUGAGGACAAUUGUGGCAAUUUACUCUACUACUUGA